AUGUCUAAUGGCAAGAAAUGUUAUUGGAAUUGGGAUUUAUUGGGUAUUAAAAAUUUUCAUUCUCGACGUAGUAAUGGUAAAAUAAGAAUCAAAUUUGAUCUGAGUUGUAAUGAUACUCAAGCAGUAAAACAACAGUCAACAGAUCAAAAGUUCAACGAUCAUAUACGACAAAAAACAGCACAACGACAAAUAAAAAGUAGCCGAAAAGCGUCAGAAAUCCGCAUACCUUGGGGUAAAAUAGAUGUACCCAAUAGUUGUUUUCAGUCGAAAACACAAUCGUUAGUACCGAUAUCAUCAACAAAAACUGGGAAAGUCCACAUCUAUUUGAAUUCAAAAUGUCAACGUUCAGCUGAUAUGAAACGUAAUCCACGUCGUAUAACAUGGACAGUUUAUUACCGUCGAAAACAUAAAAAAGGUCAAGCUGAACAAGAAAUUAAAAAACGAACGCGUCGUACAACAAAAUUUCAACGUGCUAUCACUGGUGUUACUUGGAAUGAAAUAUUAGCUAAACGUAAUCAACAACCAGAAUUUAGAAAAGCACAGCGUCAAGACGCCAUCAAUGCUGCCAAACAAGCCAAAAAAGCGAAAGCACAACAGAAAAAAACAACAACACCAUCGGUGAAAGCCGGCAGACCAGUGAAGAAAGUUGAAAAAAUUCAAAAAAAUAUACCAAAAGGUGGUCCAAAAAAAGGCACACAACGUUAA